GCGAUUAUUUUAUUUCAGCUUUCUUGCGGUUGAUCCAAUUGUUUGAGUGAGGAAUGGGAUCAAAUGUCAUGGGAGAGAUCGUAGAGGAGACCAAUCAUGACAGCAAUAAACGAAGAGAUGACGAUAAUAAUGUGGAGAUCACCAUCAAAACCGUCGGCCCUGCUCGCCCCUCUCGCCUUCUUGUCGCCUCUUCAAUCAAAGUGUGUGAUUUGAGGACUGUGGUUGCCAGAAGUAAACAUUUACCAAUAGAGAAUUUGAGGCUUAUUUUGCGGGGGAACGUUUUGGUUGACAAAGAAGACGAGGACGAAGUGUAUCUCAAACUCAGUAAUGGAGACUGCGUGAUCGCUGCUGUCAAACCAAAGGCACCUGCCAAACAUCUUCAUGAUGAUACUUAUAUCGAUGAUGAUGAUUUAGAUAUGAAGUUUCAACUCCCACAAUCAACAAGCCAGUGGAAGAGGAGGCUUUAUUUUUUCCUACAUAAUAAGUUAAAGCUUCCUGAUAUGCUUCUGAUGGCAAUUUUCUCACUCAGCCUAAAGGUGUGGGCUAUUAUCAUUCUAUGGUUUAUUUUUGCACCUAUUGCACAUCGAUGGGAUCUUGGACCUUUAUAUAUACUUGGGACAGCCUUUGCUAUCAUUUUCUUGAAUCUUGGACAGCGACGACCUGGAGACCUAAGUGCAUAUUCUAUCUUCAAUGAUGAUUUCAGAGAGCUUCCUGGGACCCAUAAUGCUGAUCAACUGGAUAGAGACAUUCGAGCAGGUCAAUUUUGAGCAUGUAAAACACCUGUUCUGAUCAUUAUUAACCCAUAAAACAGUAUAUACACAACUGCACAGAAGUUCAACUUUGAGCCAAGUAAUUAAAUCACUGUCCUACUUUGAUCAUAUUUUACUCUUUACUCUGUCACUGACCAAUUAAAUUGUAAAUUCUAUGCAGUGUUCUGUUU